UGUCAAUGCUUAUUGUAAUUUUUCAAUUGUUAUGCAUUCAGCUUUGCAUAUGCAUACCUGACCUGCUAUGUAAGGGAGAGGGACGUCAGAGGCAUUCACAGUGCCACAAUUUCAUCAGCUGGUUUAAUCACUUUGGUGAUUGUGGAACAAUAGGUGGCAAGAGAUGAACAGCAGCAGCAAUGCCCAGCUGCUGAAGAGCAAUGACCAGACGUAUCUGAACAUCACCAUGUCCUUGGUACAAGUGCUGGUGUGGCCCUUCAUCUCCAUCAACCUCUUCAUGUACUUCACCUUCCGGGCCAAGCAGACCCUCCGGGUAGAGCCGCGCUACCUGCUCUUCGCCCAGACGCUUCUGGCUGACUCGGCACUCUUCCUCAUGACCAACUUCUCUGUAAUCACCAUCAACCAGUACCGGCUGCUGCCCAUCGGCUUCUGCAUCCCGUUCCUCAUAGUCAUGUACACUUUCAACCAAGUGUCACCCAACGUCAUCGUGGCCAUGUGCCUGGAGCGGUAUGUGGCCAUUUGCAUGCCACUACGGCACGUCAACAUCUUCUCCCCAAACCGGACUCUGAUUGUCAUAGCCAUUGUGUGGUUAGUGAGCUUCAUAAAGCCUUUCAUUGAUUUCCUCAUCCUCCUCUCUGUGGUUUCCCAAGGGUACUUCAAAAGACUCAACUUCUGCUAUUAUGAAAUUAUGCUGUUGGCAAAGUGGCACAUGAUGCUGAGAGGCAACCUCAACAUAAUGAAUUAUCUGGCCAUUUUAGUGGUCUUGCUGUUCUGCUAUGGGUCAAUCUUCCGUGUUGCCCGACGGGCGUCAGGUAAAGAUAAGAAUGCGGCAGCAAAGGGGCACCGGACACUGCUGCUUCACCUGUUGCAGCUGUUCCUGUGCACUUUAGAGAUCAUCUGCCCCUAUGUGGAGGCAAGGGUCAUGGAAGUUGAUGUAGAGAUAUAUCUUAUCCUGCGCUACUUUAACUUUUUGGCAUUUACCAUUCUCUCCCGGGCAAUUAUUCCCUUGAUCUAUGGGUUCCGAGAUGAGAAGUUUUAUGCUGCAAUGAAAACCUAUGCCUGUAAGCGGAAUCAUGUUUCAUCUCGUAAAUUAAAUUUGACACAAUGUGCCAAAUGAAAAAAAAGAGCCUAAGAAGAGACAGAGAAGUCUGGGAAAAUUCCCUUUGUGUAAUGUGCUUUUGAACAAAACACAAAAAUUAUGGAAUACUGAAUAUUGAUGGAAAAAACAA